UCAUUUAUGGUUUCGGGGAAAUGAAGCUCUCACAGAGAGCGGAAGAAACGGAGAGACAGACAGAGAGACAGACAGAGAGAGAAAGAGAGAGAGACAGAGAUUUCGAGGGGAAGACAGCGCAGGGAGAGGUAUGGCUGAUGGAUUUCAGAAGUGGGAAAGUGGGUGAUAUCUUCUCGGUUUUGACUGAGUUCGAGGGUUGUUGUGUGCUGUCCUUCGAUGAGGGUUUCGGGGGGAUGGAGACUGUGACAGAGAGCGGAAGAAAGAGAGAGAGAGAGAUAGAGAGAGAGAGAGAUGACGAUGGAAGGAGAGCGAAGGGGAAAGGUAUGAGCCGUCGAUUUCAGAAGUGGGGAUACGGAUUAUCCGGAUCUAUCGCUGCAUGCCUGGAUUUCGAAAGAUAAGUGCUUUAAAUUUUUUUUUUUUCUAUCAGCUUAGAUCUGCCUGUUUGUUGUGGAUUAUUUUCGAAUUUUUUAGUGUGUUAGGUCAGAUUUUGGGGGAAUCAUCAGAGAUAUUUAUUUCCCUUAUAAGUUUUCUUUUCUCUCAUUUUGCACAUUGAUCUCUCUGUCUGCGCAUUUGUUCACAGAGAGCGGAAGAAACCGAGAGACAGAGAGACAGACAGAGAGAGAAAGAGAGACAGAGAGAGGCAGAGAGAGAAAGAUGCCGACGGGAAGACAGCAGGGAGAGGUAUGGCUGUUGUCUGCAGUUUCAUUUGCUGUCCUUCAAGGAGGGUUUCGGGGGGAUGGACUGUGACAGAGAGCGGAGAAAUUAAGCUCUCACAGAGAGCGGAAGAAACGGAGAGACAGAGAGACAGACAGAGAGAGAAAGAGAGAGAGAGAGACAGAGAGAGAGAGAUGCCGAGGGGAAGACAGCAGGGAGAGGUAUGGCUGUUGUCUGCAGUUUCAUUUGCUGUCCUUCAAGGAGGGUUUGGGGGGAUGGACUGUGACAGGGCCUUCAGUUCUCACUUAGAUUCCAGAGUAGAAGCCCAGAAAGCUAAUAUGGCAAAGCGAGAGCUUUCCAGCACUCUCAGGAACUUAAAAGUUUAUGCAAAGAGCAACUUAGAAAGAGGUGAAGAAAGAAGAAGAUGUCAAACCAUACCUUAUCACCUCAGUGAUUUUGUAGAAUUUUACGUUUAAUAACCAAGUGGAUUACUUUACUUGGUUGGACCUGUUUUUAUAGCUAUAUUUCAACCUUUCCUCUGAUAGCUUUUAACGAUUGGAUUUCUCGAGUCUACUUUCCAUGCUUUGACCAUUUCAUU